AUGAGGCUUAUGAACUCACUGGUGACCCCCUGUAAGAGCUCAUCCAACACCCUUGUGUGGGAAUAUGGCUGGGUCUACAGUGGUGGCGAGAGGUUUGCCAGCCUGGGGUUUAACGACUUUCUGUCAAUAGCCAGCGAUGUGACCAGACUCAAUCUUACUAUCACCCGGCAGAAGGACGCGGUUGUUAUCAUAAAUCCCAUCCUUGUUGCGCAGGUGGAGACAGCCAACGGGUAUCUAUGGAUAGUGGAUCGAUGGUUGGACCUGUUGUACCAGGCUUUUGGCCCUAUAGGCCGUUUUGGCAUGCCGGAAUGGCCUCGUGUGUAA